UCGACUUCAGUGCUAAUAGUUAAGUGCGAUACGUUUGUAAGGGAUUUGUUCGUCCAGUGUUGAACGAUUAGUUAAAUAAUUAAGAAAAUGCCGCGUGUCAUCGAACAUCGAUCUGUAACGCCAAUACUAAAAGCGUUUCGAAAUGCUGCGCGAGGUAGAACUAUUAAAGAACCAUUAAGGUUUGCUGAUUGUCUUGCUGCACGUACGCAACCGCAUCCUACUAUACCUGGUGGACCAUACCACAAAACUUCCAAAGUUUAUUAUUAUACACGUGAUGCUAGACGUCUCGUUCAACCACCAAUUGAUGUGUGUGCAAGAAAACAAUUAGAACCAGGGAAAAGUAUGGUCUCGGAAAUUAAACUUAUUAUACCUGGUAAAAUUUAUGCACCUCAGGAAAAAUAAACAAGUAUAAUAAGAUAUCCACUGAAUGCUAGUUGUGCUAUAGUUACUGUAUGUAACAAAGAAAUGUUAAAGAACAAGUGUAUAAAUAGACGUAGCAGUGAUUUGUAAAUAAAGUCCUUCUUUUUUUUAAAGUAA